ACAUCAUAUGGCAACAUUGGUUUUUUUUGUGCCACUAAAUUAAAAUGACCACUCCAAUACCACUUGUUAGUAGACAGACACAUUCCAAAAUAUAAUAACACCAACAAAAUUAGGACAAGCCAAUUAUUCCCAGUAUAAAUAUCACUCAUGUACACUAGUAUGAAUCACCAACAAGAAGAAAUUAAAAAAGCAAUAAUAUUAAUUGAGAGAAAUUAAAAUGGUUCAAGAAGAAAUGAGAAAAGGUCCAUGGACAGAACAAGAAGAUGUUCAACUAGUAUUUUAUGUGAAGAUGUUUGGUGAUCGUCGCUGGGAUUUUCUGGCGAAAGUUUCAGGUUUGAAAAGAAGUGGAAAGAGUUGCAGAUUACGAUGGGUUAAUUACUUGAAUCCUGCUCUCAAACGUGGAAAGAUGACUCCUCAAGAAGAACUUCUUGUUCUUCAACUUCACUCCAAAUAUGGGAAUAGAUGGUCGAAAAUAGCUGGAAAAUUACCAGGGCGAACUGACAAUGAAAUCAAAAAUUACUGGAGAACGCAUAUGAGGAAGCAAGCUCAAGAUGAGAAGAAGAAUACUAAUAAGGCUUCAAUUUCUCCAUCUUCAUCCAAUUUCUCCAAUUGCUCCUCUUCCUCUGCCAACAGUCCUGCUGAGGACUCCAGUACUGAAAGAAAUGAUUGCGUCGAGUUGUUGCAAGUUGCUGGAGAAAAUAAAAUAUAUGAAGGAGAUCAGAACAUGAUGGUCUAUUCCAUGGAUGAAAUCUGGAAAGAAGUCGAAUCAACUGAAGAAAUCGAAACUAGGAAUCAUUUACCAGUUAUGGCAUCAACGACAUGGGAUUAUAAUUAUUGCCCAGAUUCACUAUGGACGAGUACUCAUGAUCAUUGUUACUUUGACAAUCAUCAAGAUUUCUCAUUUUUUACUGGCUAAUUUGGAGGGACGCACAACAACAUGCGAGAUAUGAGGAGGGUAGAAUGUAUGCAGAAGUUACCCCUAGCUAUCUCACGGAGGAUAUAAUUUGAACUAUUUGUUUAGAGUUGGUGUAGGUUUGUGAGAUGAGUAAUAGUAAUAUUUAGUGAUCACUCUUUGUAUAUAUGUAGAAAAUCCCAUGAUCAGAAGGCACUCUGUUCUGAUCUCUUUAAAUAACUAUUACUAAGUGUUUCUGAGGCUUAACUAGUUGUGUUAAUUACUAGAGUAUAUAUAUAUAUAUCUCAUGUGUGGAGGUUACUCAA